UUGCAUUUUUGUUGCCCAUGUCAUUGCUGUUCAGUCAGCAAUAAAAGAGCAGGAUGCCACGUUUCCCCGGAAUUUUCCAGGAUUUUUUGAAAACUUCAUGCGUUUUCCGUUUGAACGAAACUUUGAUUUUGCUCCUUAUGACACCAUCUUCAGCUCCUGGCGAAGCAGGGCCCCUGACUUUCACAUGCUUGCUGAAUUACCUCCCCUCAUGAAUGUUCCCAGGAUACAGGUGUUUUGCGAUGAAUCUCAGCUAACUCUGCUGGUUGAUAAGAGAUCCAAUGGGGUCAUGCUGACGACAGAGGAGAUACAGCUGGGUGACGGCUGCUAUAGCAACAGAGAGCGACCGAACCAAUUUGUCUUCACUUAUGGCAUUGAUGAGUGUGGAACUACACAUGUGUUGCAGAACGGCCUGAUGAUGUUCACUAACACUCUCCACUUGAAUCUUAAAAAACCUCUCCCCAACUGGUGGCACACUCCUUCUACAGUGCACAUCUCCUGCAUCCCAAAGAGGUCUUAUGAUAAUCCAGGCUUCUUUGACUCGAUGGCACCUUCUGAGAACAGCAAGAGCUUUGACAUCAAAGCCAUGAAUUCAUCCUGGACCAGCGCCGCAGAGUCAAAUGUCUAUAAAAGAGGCGAGGUUGUCAAUCUCCAGGUGUCUGCCAACACCAGGCCUGAUGAGCAGCUUUUCAUCCAGUCCUGCUUUGUCUCUGCUUCCCCUGAGCCUCAGACUAAACCUCAGCAUGCUGUCAUAAUGAAUAAAGGGUGCACAGCCCCGAUGGGUUCUCCUCAUCCUGUCAUACAGUUCAUGGCCUCCAGCAGACGGGAUGUGGUUAAUUUAGUUCUCAACACGUCUUAUCUAAUAUCUGAGCUGUACCUCCACUGUAGUGUGCUCAUCUCAGACCAGGGUGUCACCUCUGGCUCCAAAUCCUGCAACUACAAUGUAAUCCAGUCAAGAUGGGAAGAUCUAAGUGGAGAUGUCGAGGUGUGCGAGUGCUGUAGCUCAAAGUGUAAAGGCCCGUCAGUCAGACACUUUGCUGAAGAUGCCAAGACUACAGUCAGCACUGGUCCCUUAGUCAUUGUGGACAAAGACAUUGAGAUGAGCUCUAAGCCUGAUGUCUCUGAACCACAAGAAACCACCCCUGCCCCUGUUACAGACCCCAUGCUGUCUGAUGCUGCAGUGAUGGAGGACACAAUAAUUUCUGGUGCUUCUGUAUCGAGAAGCAAGUCCUCCUCUCCCCCACAGGGUGUCGUGGUUGUGAGUCAGGACCCAGUUGCCAGACUGACCCUCUGGCUACCUGGACAGGCACUGGAUACUGACCAGAGCAACGGUAUCCGUUUCAGGUCUGAAGAUUGUUUAAAGGAGAGUGACUUGGUAUCAAAUGACCUCCCUGUGCCACAACCUUCAACCACAGAUCAGGAGUCUCAUCUGAAUCCACCCACAAACGAGAUCGAAGGUCAACAUAUAAAUGAAGUAAAAAGUGACGCUUCUCUGUGGGACCUGAAUUUUCUUACACUGGUUGAUGGCUGGCCAAUUCUUCCACAACCUGACAAGGCAGCUGUGGUGGAGGAAUCUCCAAGACGAAAGCGGUUUGGAAGAUCUGGAGUGUUUGAAGUUCCUCUGCCACCACAGGUGACAGUUAACGACCUAAACCAGAUUGAUUUUAACCAAGUGGGAGGUGAGCUGGCUCAAAUGCAGGCAGAUGCAGCUGUGAUGCCCCAAGAAGGAACUGAUGAUGUCCAACCAUUAAUUCGCUCAAAGCUCCAGUUUACCAAAGGCAUGGAUGGGUCACAGACACUGAGUUAUGAGGAAGAAGCGAUGAAUCAACAAGAGGGAAAAGGUGUGAUCAGAAGAUGUGGCAUGGAUUGGGUUAAAAGAAAACAGGAGCCCAGGCAGAAAGGGCUGCGCUCGGCUUUCCUGGAUUUCUUGAGGAGGAUGGACAAAGCAGAAUGACAGCAUCUCCACAAGAAUAUUUUAUAAUUAUAUCAAUAACUAAAUAAACUUGUUGAGCAAUGA